AUGGCUUCUUUAAUAGCUUCUGUGGUUGAUAUGUACUCGGAUUCUGUUAUAGACAGUGUAAUCACAGGUUGGAGUUGGGCUUUCCAACUCACACAGCCUCUAAAACACCCUGGGAGGCUGAGUAAGGCAAAAGUUAAUGCAAAGUAUGCCCAACCACGCCAAACUUCUUCCAUUAUUGCAUUUUGGAACUUCGUCAAAAGGUGGCCCAAGUCAUCCAUGCUCCAAUUCCAAGUCCAGAAUGAGCUAUUUGGGGUCGCAGAUGACUCUAUUUGGCUUGCUAAGAGUGACAUUCAAGAAUUGUGCACCAUGCAAUACUUGGGAGCCCAACAAAUAGGAGUUUGGUACUUUAAAGAAAGACUGUUGGACAUGGGUGGGUUGAAUCGAGUCUAUGAAUUUUUGAAUCCGGGUGCGAUUGCCACCGAUGCAGGGGAUGAGAGUAAUCGUUGCCAAGCACUAGUCGCUCGAAUGACUAGGAUGACUAAUUCAGAGAAAUGGCUUAUUGCCCCAUAUAAUAAUAGGAAGAUGUUUCACUGGAUGCUUGUAGUCAUCCAGCCAAGUACGCAGACGGUGGCGUACUUGGAUUCAGGCAACGACGACAUCCCGGAUGAUUUGAACUUUAUUAUAUCCACAUCGUUCACAAUGUAUAACCGAAUGGUACGACGACCUGAUCGACCUACCCAGUGGAUGACUCCUAUUUGUCCUCAACAACCCGAUGACAAACAGUGUGGAUACUACGUCAUGAAAUUCAUUGAAAGUUUAUGGUCGUAG